AAAUAUUUCCCGCGCGAUAUUGCUUUGUCGGGAGUUCAGUAACACCAUAAACAGCAAACUGUAAAGAUGGCAGGUAUACUGGAUGUCCCAAAACCGAGAAUAACCUGUUCUAUGCUGUCCCAGCACAUAGGCAGACCGGUCUGCUUCGUUGGACGCGUGGAAAAGGUUCACCCAACGGGGAAAACGUUCACCGUCUCGGAUGGAGAAGGGAAGAUCGCAACGGUUGAACUAAACGAUCCACUUGAAGAAGAGCUGAGCGGCAUUGUGGAGGUCAUCGGCAUGGUGUCCAACAAAGGAGCAAUAAUGGCCAGCACAUACAACUUGCUGCGAGAGGACAAGGGCAUUCCUUUUGACUUAGAGCUCUACACUGAAGCCCUGAAAGUCAUCCAUGACUUCCCGCAGCACUACCCUUUUGAAGUGGCUGCCAGUGGAUGAGGCUCAUUAUGUGUAAGAGGAGGUGGUCACUAGAGACUGAUGUUUGGUUUAUGUGCCCAUGUGUUUGUUGUGAGUAAAAUAUAGAUUUGUACAAAGGAGAUUCUGUAAUAUCAAGUUCUGUAAGUAAAUAAAACCUGUAAAG